AUGAGUACGGCACGGCAAUGGAGAACAAAGCUAUGGAAGAGAAGUGUAGACCCUAACAAGUUUAUGACACGGGUCAUCAUUAGGCCCGCGAGCCCAUGGGUUGAUGAGGGCUCGUCCGGCCCAUCGAGAAAAAGCCUGGCUCAGCUCAUUGUUAAGUGGGCCAGGCUUGGGCUUGGGUGUCUAAAGCCCUUCCUAGCCCAAAAGUUCAGCCAAUUUGAGCCCAAGAAAGACCGGCCAGCCCAUAAAAGCCCGGCACACGGGCUCACAUACAUAUAA